CCAGUUGCUGCUGAUCCUGUAACUACCACACUGCACAAUGGCUGGCGUUUCUGUCAAGGAUGUGGACGCUCAAAAGUUUGUUAAUGCCUAUGCUGCUUUUUUGAAGCGCUCCGGUAAAAUGGCUACUCCUCAAUGGAUUGACAUUGUCAAGACUGGUACCCAUAAGGAAUUAGCUCCUUAUGACCCUGACUGGUACUUCGUUCGUGCUGCUGCCAUUGCUCGCCAUAUCUACCUCCGCAAGCAAGUCGGUGUUGGCCGUCUUUGCAAGGUCUAUGGUGGUGCUGUCAACCGUGGCAUGCGUCCCUCUCACCACCGUGACGGCUCCGGCAGUGUUCAACGCAAGGUUAUCCAAAGCUUAGAAAAGAUUGGUGUUCUUGAAAAGUCUGACAACGGUGGCCGCCGUAUCUCUCAACAAGGUCAACGUGACUUGGACCGUAUUGCCUUCUCUCUUUUAGAAGAAGAGAGUGAGUAAAUGCAGACAUAGCCAUAAUCUAAAUGUUCCAAUCUGUGUUUAAAAUAUACUGUAUAAAUAGGUAUGAGCCUUUGUAAAGUUCUC